CGUCACAAACGCAAACUAUUCCCAGGCACAUCCCAUUUCCAAUCCCCCACCCUUCCUCUCUCUCUCCCCCGCCCCUAGCCGUCGCCGGAGAGAGAGAGGGACGCGGCCGCGGGAGAAGAAGGAGGGAAGAUGAUGAUGACACGGGCCUCCAUGGGGGCCAUGGAGGGCGCGGCGCUGGACGAGGUGGUGCGGCGAUUGGUCGAGGGCGGCCGCGGCGGGCGGCAGGUGCAGCUGUCCGAGGCGGAGAUCCGGCAGCUCUGCGUCGACGCCAAGCGGGUUUUCCUGUCCCAGCCGAACCUCCUCCGCAUCCAGGCCCCCGUCAAGAUCUGCGGUGAUAUCCAUGGUCAGUUUGUUGAUCUUCUGAGGUUGUUUGAUUUGGGUGGUUAUCCUCCAACCUCAACCUAUGUAUUCCUCGGAGACUACGUAGAUAGAGGCAAACAGAGCUUGGAAACUAUAUGCUUACUGCUGGCCUACAAAAUAAGGUACCCUGACAAGGUUUUCCUGUUAAGGGGUAACCAUGAAGAUGCAAAAAUCAACAGAGUUUAUGGUUUCUAUGAUGAAUGCAAGAGGAGGUUCAAUGUUCGACUGUGGAAGAUAUUCUCUGAUUGCUUCAACUGCCUGCCUAUUGCAGCACUCAUUGACGACAAGAUACUGUGCAUGCAUGGUGGCCUUUCACCUGAACUGACUAACCUGGACCAAAUAAAGGAUAUUGAGAGGCCGGCUGAGAUUCCUGAUUAUGGUCUCCUGUGUGAUUUGCUUUGGUCUGAUCCUAGCCCUGACGGAGAAGGGUGGGGGGAGAGUGACAGAGGUGUUUCAUGUACGUUUGGUGCAGAUAUGCUUAUAGAGUUCUUGGAGAAAAAUGAUCUUGAUCUUAUCUGCCGAGCCCAUCAGGUGGUAGAAGAUGGUUAUGAGUUCUUCGCACAGCGGAGAUUAGUCACCAUCUUCUCAGCUCCAAAUUACUGCGGGGAAUUCGAUAAUGUAGGUGCUCUGUUGAGCAUAGAUGAAAAUCUAAUGUGCUCAUUUCAAAUCUUGAAGCCAAAUGAAACAGGCACAUCGCGGGUAAAAAGACAAAUUCCAAAUAAGCCAGCAACCGGGGGAAGUGCCUGAUCUGAUCAACAUCCAUUCCUUCAAUAUUAGCAUCGUCAGCUCGAAGGGGGUGAUCUGAUCUAUUGUUUGGAUCCACCAGGGCAUGGCAAUAUUCAUCCACCAGCCAAUUGUCUUGCUUAACCACCCUUAGUUGCCGAGCAUUUGUAAAUGUCCAUUGGCUCUGCACUCGUUUUCUCUGUACAGAAUUAGGCCGGAUUUAACAGCACCACCUAUUCUGGUUGUUCUUCCUGGUUGCGCGGCAUCUGUUUUUGUAAGUUACUUUUGUGGUACAUUUUUGCCUGUGGAUGUUGAUAGCUUCUGUUUGUGAGCAUCUAUUAUUUGCCUUAUGUUUGUGACGUGACGUUUUA